GCGCGACAGUGUUUUGAAAUUUAGUAGAAAAACUUCAAUUCGAAAUCACCAGUUAGUUACUCAUGGCUUUCUUACGUUGUCAGCAAUGCUCCUUGAAAUGCGGCACGCACUACGUGCCCUACGAUGUCCUGAGACUGCUCAGGAUGGGUUACAGGAAGCUGGAGUACUCCAAGUCCCAGUGUUUGCUCAAGAAGUUCCUCACCGAGGAGUUGCUGGAGCAUUUGAAGUUCAGGAGAACCUCCAACGAUGUGAAUCUGUAUGACUGCAUCAAGAGUGGAUUAGAGAAUCACGAUUCCAAGAUCGGUAUAUACGCUUGUGAUCCUGAAUGUUACUUCGUCUUCUCCCCAAUUUUCUUCCCCAUAUUGGAGGAACUGCAUGGUUUCAGCCCGACGGACAUACACCCCAGGAGCGAAUGGACCCCAAUCACCCGCGUCUCGAAUCUGGAAGCCAGGAGGAAAUUCAUCAAGUUGACCAGGAUCAGGGUGAUCAGGAAUCUGAAAGGACACCCUUUUUGUCCGCAGAUGUCGCAGAAGGAUUUCGAGGAUGUGGAGGAGUAUCUGGCCAUGAUAUUGGCUCUGAUGACAGAGUUCAAAAAAGGCUUGAAUAACCCCAAAUUAACUGCUCCCAUUCAAACUGCAGGAGAAUACGACGGGCAGUAUGAGAAAAUAUCCGAGAUGACGGAGGACAGGAAAAAACAACUGAAGGAGAAAUUUAUUCUCUUCGACAAUACGGACAAGUUCUUGGAAUCUGCAGGUGCUUACAGGCAGUGGCCGAGCGGCAGAGGAGUUUUCACGAAUUCCGAUGAAAAUUUCAUCGUGCAGGUAAAUAACUGUGAUCACCUCAAAGUGAUAUCCCUUGAACAUGGUGGAAAUAUUAGAAGGACAUACGAACGUUUGUUGAAAGCCGUGUUGAAGCUUCAGGGAGAUAUGAAUUUCAUCAAGAGCGCCAGAAUGGGUUAUGUGACGUUGUGCCCUUCGGAUAUGGGAACUGCUCUCAAAGUGAUCAUGCACCUCAUGCUGCCACAUUUAUCCAAUCAUCCGAAAAAACUGAUGGAAUGCGUAGCAAAACUCGACGUCGACAUCAAAACAGUACCGGAUAAUCCUAGGAUGUUCGAAAUUUCAAACAGAAAACGUAUGGGCAUCACAGAAAUAGAGAGCGUCUUAGCAGUAGAACAUGCUGCAGUGAGUCUGAUAAGCUUGGAGGAGUCGUCUUAAUAUUUUUUCUGUCCUAAAAUUGUCUCAAAGUUGUAUUAUAUAAAAUCAAGUUCAACUUUUUCUGUGAAAGAAGAAACUAAGUAAAUAUUUAUUAUUGAAUGUACCUACCUAUUUCAGUGAUAAAUGAAAAUGCACCAACUAUA